AACGUAACAGCAAAAUCUAAGAGUGUAAUUGUUGGCUGCCGCUAUUCACAAAUGGCGGUGCGCGAUGGUAGACAAGGCGAAGAUGAGGAUGGCGCCGCUCUAUUCGAGGAAGAAGGCGUGGAAUUCGCCGAUGACGACGAUCUCUCCGACAUUCCUCUCCACCUCCGCCCCCUCCUCUCCGCCGCCGAGUCCGGCGACCUCGACGCCCUCCGCCUAGCCCUCGAUAAUUUCGAUAUUAACAUCGACGAGCCAGUGCAAGAUGGUGACACUGUUCUUCAUCUCUCGUGUCUCUAUGGCCAUUUGGCUUGUGUCCAGCUUUUGUUGGAAAUGGGAGCUAACUUGGAGGCGAAGGAUGAAGAUGGAGGAAUCCCCUUGCAUGACGCCUGUGCGGGAGGUUACACUGAGAUAGCACAACUUCUUAUAAGUAGUGCUAAUGAUCAAGAUCGUGUGAAGAGAAUGUUAGAAACUGUUGAUAUGGAAGGGGACACGCCUCUUCACCAUGCUGCUAGAGGGGAAUAUAGCAAUGUCGUAACAUUGUUGCUUGCUUAUGGGGCUUCUCCGAAUCAGGCAAAUUCUUAUGGAAAGACUCCAAUUGAACUUGCUGAACCCGGAACUGAAGCUAGAAGGAUACUGGAAGAGGCUUCGGGUGCUGCACUUAGUCAUUAGUCGGGAUCUUUCCAAUUUCAGCUUUCUUACUUAGGUAGGGUAAUAUAUCUUGUAAAAGAAUAUCCGUUAAUUAUUUGAAGCGUGGCAAAGUAAAUUAAUUUGUUUGGUACAAUGUUGAGUUUUGGAGAUAAAUCGUAUACUUGGACGCAAGAAUUCGAUCUGAUGCGAUUCU